AUGGACGAGAAGAUGGAAAUUCAGCCGAGUUACCACGUACUCCCAGGUAACGACGAUAUAGUCAAACGGAUUGGUGUACCAGUGAGUGUAGUGGUUAGGCCAUUUUUAUACGACGUCACUAAUGUCUAUAUCCCCUUCUUGAAAAUACCAAAGUGCCAACACUGCGCUGCGUACUUCUCCCCAGUCACACACUGGAUCUGCCCACACACAAGAUAUUUCUGUCACGUUUGUCACAGCUUUGUGCCAGACCAACAAAAUCGAUUUAUAGAAAAAGACCAAAGGAGAGAAAGGAUCCCCGAGCUCGAGGAAAAUACAGUGCAAUACGUCUGCGGAGUCGAUGAACGGGAUUUUGUCUUUCGAAGAGUCGUCAUAUGCGAUAACACUGUUUUGAGUUCUAUUGGGCAAUACAUCAAAACGAUCACAGAGCCGUUUCUUCUUGUUCUGUGUUCUGAUCAAAUAUCCGUCAUACAGAAGAACAAGAAGAGUUAUUACGAGUUUGUCCUCUGCAACGUGGAAUUGUCGUCUUAUAGCCAACUUGAGAGUGAAGAGGAAUCCAUUGCAUUUGAGAGUAAAAAAACGACUUUUUUACACCCAAGCAAAACACUGAAAAUAGCGGAGUGGUGUCAUUAUUACACCUUUCCUGUUUUUAAUAAGUACAAUGGAAAGUACAUCUAUAAACAAGCACUUUUAUAUGCGCUGAAAAUGAUUCAAAAAUAUGGAGUGGUCGACUGUUUCCACGGAGUUAAUAGUCAAUACUUCGACUUUGGUGAUAUCAAACAAAUUUCCGAGUUCCAAAAGAUCGGACAUUAUGCACAGAAGUAUGGGAUUAUGAUCAAUAACUACUUCAUAGGAAAUGAGCUGAGGAAGUUGAAUAUACCAAUUGCUACCACUUUGGCUACACUGACAAAUGGAAGCACUUUCUUUGCUAAGACAUUCGACGAGAACUAUCUCAAAAGUAUUAAGAAGAACAUUGUGGGAGUACUCGGACAUGUCAAAUUAAGAACCCCUGAUGGAAUGGAAGUGUUGGGGGUCUUUGGCUCGUCGAUUGGCGAGCGAGUCGAUUGCGGCAAAAUUGGAGUUCUGACGGAUGACGUGGCGUGUCUUUUUGAGUGCGCCCAUUUCGAUGAAGUCCUGAAGAUCAAACACCAAUUUCAGUGUGUUUUGACAUACACUGGACUCGAUGGGAGGAAGUGUGUACGAGUCAUGAAUAGUGCUGUUUACGCAAGUGACACGUUGUCUGCGUGUUUGGAUAUCAACAACAUCAAUUUUGAUGUUGUUGUGGUGUCACUCCUCUCAAAACUCGGAAGGGAAGUCGAGCAAAGCAAAGACAUCGAAAUUGCAAUACAACACAUGGAAACAGAACUUCGUGCUAUGUCAUUCAUAUGUCAGCAACAAAUUAUCGACAUCAUGCACAAGAUAUUCGCAAGUUUGAAAUCAGAAAGUGGCGCAAUGUUGGGCGUGAUACUUUCUUAUCUCACAAAAGGGCGCCCCGAUGUCGUCUUUUCUUUCAAAGAAGGUAAUGUACAGUAG